CUUCCUCUUCCAUGCAGGUUAAACUGGGUUUUGAGGCACCCAACUCCAAAGUGGUCAAGGUUCCUGGUAGCUUCCGGCGGCGGAGCAGCUUGACCACCACCACGGGCCCUCAUCCCGGGGACGAGUGCCGCCUGCUGGACUUUGAGUCGUCGGACCGCCCUCUUGUGGUGAACUUCGGCUCGGCCACCUGACCUCCCUUCAUCAGCCACCUGCCCGCCUUCCGGCGGCUGGUGGAGGAGUUCUCAGACGUGGCCGACUUCCUGCUGGUCUACAUCGACGAGGCACACCCCUCGGACGGCUGGGUGGCGCCCGCCAUGGGCCCGCGCUCCUUCGAGGUCAGGAAGCACCGAUCACUGGAGGAGAGGGUGGUGGCGGCCAAGAAGCUGAUUGAGUCCUUCAGCCUGCCAUCUCAGUGCCAGCUGGUGGCCGACUGCAUGGACAACAAUGCUAACGUGGCCUACGGCGUGUCCAACGAGAGGGUGUGCAUCGUGCAGAGGAGGAAGAUCGCCUACCUUGGAGGGAAG